AUGCAGAAGAAUUUUCAGUUUAAAGUAAAGAAGUCGACGCUGGAGCUAUAUAUACUGCGGUGCGUUCAUGCUGAUUGCACGUGGAGACUUCGAGCUACCAAGCUAAAGGAAUGCACUUUGUUCAAGAUAAAAAAAUAUUGUGCUGCCCAUACGUGCUAUGGUGGAGCUUUAAAACAUGAUCAUAGGCAAGCCAAAAGUUGGGUGGUAGGACAUCUUGUGCAAGAGAAGUUCACAGACGUCUCCCGCACGUAUAGACCGAAGAACAUUAUACAAGAUAUGAGGAAGGAGUAUGGUGUCAAUUUAAGUUAUGAUAGAGCAUGRCGUUCUAGUGAAGAAGCACUCCGGCUUAUUAGAGGUGAUCCAGCAUCGUCAUAUGGUCUACUUCCAGCUUAUGGUGAAGCUUUGAAAAUCAUGAACCCAGGUACUAUUUUUGAAUUAGAACUAGAAGGUGGCAAAUAUUUCAAAUAUGUAUUUAUGACAUUGGGUCAAUCGAUUCGAGGUUUUCUGGGUUGUAUUAGACCAGUGUUGGUUGUUGACGGGGCCCACCUAAAGGGGAAGUUCAGAGGGGUAUUGUUAUCAGCUUCUGGUGUCGAUGCGAAUAACCAGAUUUACCCGGUAGCAUUUGCGAUUGUUGACGGUGAGACGGUUGMAUCAUGGGUGUGGUUUAUGACUCAAAUAAAACGUGCACUCGCUGRAGUUGAUAAUUUGGUUUUCGUUUCUGAUAGACAUCAAACCAUUUGCAAGGCAAUCGACAAGGUUAACUUGAUAGCAAAAUUUAAAAACGAUGCGAAGGCAGUURAGGAACUAUUUUUAAAGGCUGCAAAGGCGUAUCGCGAGUCAUAUUUCAACUCGAUCUGGGCCCAACUUCGUGCAUACCCCGGUGUACGGGAAUAUYUAGACGAUAUUGGGAAGGAGCGUUGGGCUCGUUGUUUCCAAACUCAAUUGAGGUACACACAGAUGACUACAAAUAUCGCAGAGUCUGUAAAUACCCUCUUCAGGCACGCCCGUAAGUUGCCGGUUACCGCCUUACUUGACCACAUUAGAGGUAAGUUACAGAAUUGGUUCUAUGAUCGACGGACGCUUGCAGCUUCCCGAUCAACCACAUUGUCCGACUACGCAGAAAACAUGUAUGCCGAAUAUUCAAAUAGUGUGCGGAGACACGUUGUAGACAACAUUGACCAGUUYCAUUUCCAGGUACAGGAUGACAACCUUGACGGGAUUGUUGAUUUGAACGCUAUGACGUGUAAUUGUCGGGAGUUUGAUUACUUUAAGAUUCCGUGCUCUCAUGCUAUUGCGGCGGCGACGAUGCGAAAUAUAAAUCCAUACAGUCUGUGCGACGAGGCAUAUACGACGAACUCCUGGAUAUUGGCUUAUGCAGAACCCAUAUUUCCAGUCGGACACGUCUCAACAUGGAACAGUUCGCCAGAGUUUGUCAACAUACCGGUGGAACCACCGAAGACUGUUCCAAGAGUUGGGAGGAGGAAGACAACUAGGAUUCCUUCCACCGGCGAGGUACGACAAACACGUAAGUGUGGUCGCUGUGGUGCGUGGGGACAAUCGCAAAACAUGUAG